CAGGGGGCAUACAAACAAGGCAGACGGGCCCCAAAACACCCAGAGUGAUUCGUUCACCAGUCUCCAGACUCUACUUAAGGCAGUUGAAAUCUCUGUUCACAAUGGCUUCAACUCUAUCAUCAUCUCCUCGCUCACCUUUGUCAUGGCGUCCAACGCCGCCCUCUCGCAGACAAUUCGAUCGCUGACUCUCAGCAAGAUCCGCGAGUUGGAGAAGCUGCGCAACACCUAUCAGUCGCGUAAAUCUGAGAUCCUCAAGGUAUCUGCUGCCUAUGACGAUCGGUUUGGCAGAUUGACACAUCUCCUGGCUGGCACCAAGGAGCUCUAUCCCGGCGCCUCUAAGGAUGUUACAACCGGUCAUAUCGAACGAUGGCUUGAUCAAGCCAGAUACGACUCGUCAAUUCCAUCGAAGAUGCUAGAGGGGUUUGAAGAGACAUUGAUCUCAAGAUGGGAUGCCCACAGUCGCAAAUUGAGUCUUGCCGAUCUCUAUGCGCGCUUACUAACCGAGCGGAUGAUUCCUUCAAGCGGUACAAGCAACCCCAAAGCCAAGGAUGAUUCUGACGACGAAGAUUUUCUGGUUGUGGAAGAACGUCAAAAGCAACGUCUUCAGCAGCUAUGCGACCAGUUUGAAGCGGUCGUUUUCGAGCCACGUGAGACCAACGAACAGAGGAUCCAUACCUUCCUUGAAGACCUCUUCCUCGGGGAUGAAGGGAAGCGUGCGCUGAGCAAACUCCGGAGCCUUGUUAAGGACAGAUGCGAAACAAUUUGGACAGCUGAGGAACUAUUCAACCCGAUUUCGUUGUCCAAUUGCAUUAAAGGCCUGCUGACUCGGGAGUUACUGAGUGACGGGAAGCGAGCCAUGCUCAAAGACUUCCUGGACAACGAGGUCGCUAUGACCGAGAUCGCAGAUGUUCUGAAUAUGCGCUACACAGACUUGAAGAACUGGGACUGGCACACCGGCGAAAAGGGCAUUCCAGUCCUACCGCGUCAGCAAACCAACGGCAAAAUACCGCGUCUGGGUAGACGAGGACGUCCUGGAGACCAUCUUCGCCGAGUUCAUCGUGCUCAAGUUCUGCAGCGCACUCAAGCACCUGUUGAAAAAACCGAACGGGACAUUCUCCGCCGUCGUUACUAUCUCGAUCCCCGCCCGUGCAGAGUUAACAGCGUGGACAACCUACGCAAAUGGGAGUACGAGUCCACGUACUUCCUCGCACACUUGCCCGGCUCAGGCACGUCACUCUUUGAGAACGGUCCUACAUAUGAUGAGGCAGGCGACCAUGAAGACGCUGGUGCAAGGCCGGCGCAAAAGACCGGAUCCACCAAAACCAUCAAGCAGCGGAUACUGCGCACGAUUGCGACAGAGACUCUCCUCCACCAGCAUCUGCACGGUGAGGCAGCUGUUAUUCAGUCCGAUAUGAAAUGGUACGGAACCGGUCUUCCGCACAGCAUCCUCUUUGCGAUUUUGAGAUUUGUCGGCUUUACCGAAGAGUGGAUCGAUUUCUUCACAAAGUACGCCUGCGAUGGUCGGACCCCGGCCGGCCCUCGCAUGCGGCAACGCGGCGUGCCUCUGGCCGGCGCAAUGGCGAAGCUCAUGGGCGAGCUUGUCCUCUUCUUCAUGGAUAUGACAGUCAACCGCGAAUCCGGGAUGUUGCUCUACCGAAUGCACGACGACUUGUGGUUGUGUGGUGAUCCAGCCAAAUGCGCACAGGCAUGGGAGGCCAUGCAACGAUACGCCCAAGUUACCGGCCUGGAGUUCAAGCUGGCGAAAACCGGUUCAGUCUACCUCGCCGAGUCCAGAGACGUCAGCAUUGCUGCUCGACUACCCAAAGGGCCCGUCACCAUUGGAUUGCUCGUGCUUGAUCCCGACUCUGGUAACUGGGUGAUCGACCAGGCGCAAGUGGACGCGCAUGUGCAGCAAUUGAGGCAGCAGCUUGACUGUUGUGAGAGCGUCAUAUCCUGGAUCCGCACCUGGAACAGCUGCAUCGGCCGCUUCUUCACUAGCGAUUUCGGCCAGCCGGCCUUUUGCUUCGGACGUGACCAUGUCGAUCUCAUCCUUGCCACUUACGAAAAGGUGCAGAACACGCUCUUCAACACCGAUGGUCGCGCUUCAACAGUCACGGAGCACCUUCGGCACAUGAUCGAGGAACGUUUCGGCGUCUCCGAAAUCCCAGACGCGUUCUUCUUCUUCUUCCCGGAACAAUUGGGCGGUCUCGGUCUGCGGAAUCCAUUCGUCUCAACGCUUUUGGCAUACCUCGACUCCAAGAAGGAAUUUGAGGAGCUAACUAAACGCGAGCGCUUGCAGCGGUACCAGGAGGUCUGCCCAGAGGCGGAGUCUGGAGCAGCCCGGUGCUCGAUAACCGAACUGAGUACAUUUAUGUCGUUUGAGGAAUACACUCGCUUCAGGGGAUCCACCGACACUCUCCUACGAGUUCUAUACACGAAGUUGAUGGAUGUUCCUGGUGAAACUGAUAUCAAACUUACGGAAGAGGUCUCCAGUGCGCGGGAAAAGGUGCAGUCUCAGAUCGAUUAUCCGGUGGAGGAUAAUGAACUUAAAAAUGGAUUCUGCAGCUGUAUGCUCAAUAGCCGCUGAGACUGCUUGGGGGGUUGAGUCUGGUGGACACCCUAGUUCUUGCCUGUGGGGUUAUUGGUGAUGGUCAAGGGGAAGAGAGUCACCUGGCAGAUGGUGUUGUGAUACUGACUGACGAUUGAUACUUGUGGUGGGCUAUUGUACUCUGCAUUUCCGGCGUCUAUAGACGCUUUGCCUCAAUAGAUUUCAUACAACAGUGGAG